ACAGAGAGACGCAGUUGCAAACUGAGCUGCACUGCCUCAUGCAUCCGGCAUGUUUUCCCCUCUUAACACUGUUACCCUUUGAGCGCACACACACGAGGAGACACCUAAAAGUAGGAGUGUGUGUUUGUGUGUGAGCACGCUGCAUACCAAGUGAGAAAGUCAGUAACAAAAGAAAGCAUUGAAACAUUGAGUGCACGCGGUCGGUCACCUCCAUUUUUUCCCUUCAUGCCUCUGCAGACUGAUCUUUGAACCUGAUGUACCUCAGAUAGUCCUGAUAGAUCACUCAGAGCACAUCAGACUGCUGCGCCCAAAAUAAGUUAAUCAGGCUGGGAAAAAACUACAAGACUUAAAGGACAAACCCGAUUCAUCUGCUCCGACUCUUCCACGGAUCUGAUUCAGGACUGCGCACAAACUCCACGGAUAUCAUGAUGUUUGUGUUUUGAGUAAAAUGCUUUCAGAGGAGCAGAAGUAGCAGAUUUAUUUACUGAAGGAAAUAACACUUAAAACCCAGAGAUGUUUAACUUAAGAUGUUUUAUUACGUGCGUCUUGGUUUUUAUUUCAAAGUCCCAGAGUGUACAUGUGAUUGACCGGGAUGCACAGGGAUUUCUAGAGAAUAUUUUACGCUAUUAUGGUGAAAAUAAAUCCAUCUCAACGGAGAAUCUGGAUGAUUUACUGCUGUUAAUCUCAACCAGAAGAUCCGAUUUAAUAACUGAAGCAAAUCCACUGGCAAACAAAGAGUGUCCCUCAGCAGAGCAGAUCCUGUCCCACUUUGGGUUCAGUAAUGUCAGUCAGCUGACUGUGGGACAUCUGGGGAGGAUCUGUCCCGCUGUGUUGACCCAGGUGCUGCUGCCCUCCUGCCCCUACACCGCCCCCAAGGCUCUGCCGCCUCUCGACUACACUGUGUGGGGUUACGGGUUUCUGGCGGUCACAGUGAUCAACCUGGCGUCUCUGCUUGGUCUCCUACUGAUCCCCUUCGCCAAGAAGCCUUAUUUCCCCAAAGUGCUGACCUACUUCAUUGGCCUGGCCAUCGGGACACUCUUCUCCAACGCUGUACUUCAGCUCAUACCAGAGGCCCUGGGUUUUGAUCCCAAAUUGGAUAACUACGUGGCAAAUGCAGUUGGAAUAUUUGGAGGGUUUUAUAUCCUAUUCUUCGUGGAGAAGAUACUGAAAAUGGCUCUCGGGGUAGAGCAUGAGCAUGGCCACAGCCAUUUCACUCCUGCAGAGGCACCUCAAGAAAACUCCCUCCACAACGGAAACAUACUGGAGAAAAAGGACUCCAUCGUUUUGACAAGAAUCAACACUAUCGCCACAGACAAGAGCAGCCCGAACCCAGAACCUCCACAUACAAAUGUGACACCUUCUCAGGAUGUAGAGGUGUCUCAUGUGAUGUGCCACUGGCUGCGUGGGCAACGCAUCUCCAACAUCAAGACAGUGGCGUGGAUGAUAACUCUGAGUGACGCACUGCAUAACUUCAUUGAUGGUCUAGCUAUCGGUGCCUCGUUCACUGUGUCGGUACUGGCGGGGUUCAGCACGUCCACCGCCAUUGUAUGUGAGGAGUUUCCCCAUGAGCUGGGUGACUUUGUUAUCCUGCUGAAUGCUGGUAUGAGCGUCCCACAAGCCAUUUUCUUCAACCUGCUGUCAGCAGUGUCGUGUUACAUCGGCCUCGUCUUUGGCAUCCUGCUCGGGAGCAACUUUGCCCCCAAUGCAAUCUUUGCCAUCGCAGGAGGAAUGUUCCUGUAUAUUUCACUGGCAGACAUGUUUCCAGAGAUGGACAGCAUAGCACGGGAACAGGAGCGGACUUCCACCAAGAUCAUCUUCUUCCUGAUCCAGAACGCAGGGCUGCUCACCGGGUUCACCAUCAUACUGCUGAUCACCUUGUUUGCAGGGGACAUCAACCUGGGCUAGAGGGGAGGGGAGACAGAGGAACACAAACUGGAAAGAUAAAUAAAUAAGAGCUGCUUCCGUUUCUGCUCACAGCUCACUCAGCUGGGCAGGAAAGUAAAUGUAAAGUGAAUGUUUUGUACAAACAAAACCAAAUGUUUAAAGGAAAAAAAUAUGCUUUUAUAUCUUUUGACUAUCAAUUUAGUGGAAUGUUUACUCCAUAUAAAAAGGGAAAAUCUUAACAAUCAUUUGAUGUAUGAACUCUUGUCAAAUUUGUUUUUGAGGAGACAAUAAAUUAUUUUUUCAGUCUUCA